AUGGCGGAGGAUGGAUUCUAUCUCCGCUACUAUGUCGGCCACGAGGGCAAAUUCGGCCACGAAUUCCUCGAAUUCGAGCUCACUAGCGACGGGAAACUGCGCUACACAAACAACUCCAACUACCGGAAGGAUAGCAUGAUCAAGAAGGAAGCCUUCCUGACCCGCGCGGUGAUUGCGGAGAUGAAGCGCAUCGUGCUGGAAUCCGAAAUCACCAGCGAGGACCACACCGAUUGGCCCAUUCCCGACCGCGUCGGUCGUCAGGAGCUGGAGCUGAAGAUCGAAGGGAAGCGCUACACCUACUCGACGUCCAAGAUCGGAUCACUAUCGGACGUGCAGAACAGCAAGGACCCGAACGGAAUGCGCGUCUUCUACUACCUGGUGCAAGACCUGAAGUGUUUCGUUUUUUCGCUCAUCAGUCUUUGCUUCAGGGUAGGUCCGCAGUGCGCCCGCGGCUCACAUCCGUGCAGAUCAGGCCCAUCUGAGCCCGCAUCCGGUGCAACAUCGCCGUCACGCCAAGUAGCGACUGCAUAUCGUAAUUAUGGUAUUAAUGAAGCCGUUGAGUUAAAAUUGCUUUAUGCGUAA